AAACAAUACUAAGUGAAUUUAUUCUCCUUGGGUUUAAACAUCUUAACAACAAUAUACGUGACCACUAUUUAUUUAGUUAUCAAAAUCCUUGUAAACUACUUAUAAAAUAAUAAGUAGCUAGUUUUCGUAACGGAUGAAAAUUGAAUGAACUAUGACUGUCUAGAUCGUAUGUUCAUAUGUUGAUCACUCUCAACAAUUGAAUUGCUAUUGACAUGAGACAUCUAAUAAAAGGAUAUCAGAGGACAUAACGAGUUACUAAGGAGAUUUGUUUUAUAUGACAAGAUGACACCUGUGUACAAAAUAUUCGACAUGAAAAUAACCAUAAGUCAACAUCACUUAAGGUGUAAAUAACGGUGCGAUAUGGGUUUUUAUAGAAUAAUAUUCUAACAACUAUGAUAUAAAUUUAUUACUCAUAUCCUUUCAUGCACUAAGGACUAGUUUCUCCCACCUUCGCACUCAAACCUUUUGCCAGAAAGUAUUGAUAGUUUUAAAAGUGAUGUAAUCGGUUAUUAUUGUUCAAAGAUGGAUAUAACAGCCAAUACUCUGUGCAGCGAUUAACCUUAGUAUUUACGUUAUUACUAGUUCGAAUUCGGUUAUAGCCAGUGAUAAUUUGUUUAUCAACAUACCAAUGUUGAAGUUAUGGAUAGUAUACUCGUGUUGAACCCACAUGCCUUCAUAGUUUAAUUCGUGUAUGGUGUAAUCUUAGAAUUAAGGAAUCGAAAUGUCAGACUUGGGACACUAGAUAGAGAUGGUGAAUCAGUUGAAAAGAUUAUGAACGUUUAUCAACGGAAGUGGUUACUUUGAAUGUUAUUUACACGUAGCUGCCGCUUUCCCAGCGUAAUAUACUGAGUAAUAUGGAUGGUGAAAUAAUGAAUUGUCUAUCGAAAUAGUGCACAGAUAACACAUAGUCAGCUAUACAGCUAUCAAAACUUCUUUUCCUCAGAUCAAGCUUUCUUACAAACAAAGAUUUAUUUGUUUUGUUAUCUAGGUAUGUAAUUCUUAACAUAAUCACCAUUUUAAAAUGGUUUCUACAAUGCUACUUAUUCACAAAAAAUAAUUGUGUUUCAACAGCUUGGCUAAUAAUUAUGAAAAUAAACUACGUUUAUGCUGGAAAUAUCUGUUAUAACGGAAGAAAACUGUUACUUGCUACAGAGAAUCCUGAUUCGCACAAUGCAAAGAAGAAAAUAUCAGUAACCAAUAAGAAAACGAAAGUUUGACCUGAAUAUAACCAUAGUGAUAUAAACAAAUACUUUUGACAAUUAUUAAACUAUUCAAUGAUUGUUUUAAUAUUCUAAUCACCUCAUACUAUAGUAUAUCUAUCGAUAUUCAUUUAACUGCAUACUAUCAAAUUGAUUGUAAGUAGUAUAUAUAUAUAUACAUAUGCAAUCAACCGACGGUAUCAUCAAUCAUUGGAAGAUAUUCUGUCCUUUUUAUAUUCUUAAAAUCUGAUUGGUUAAUACCAGUAUUCAUUCUUUUUUCUAUUUUUUUCUUAAAAAAAAACUGCAUUUAAUGUUUUCAUUAGAUGGUUCAUUCAAUUUAUAGUUACUAUCCAUUCAUUUCAUUUACCAAAUAUUUAUUUGACUACUUAAAUGAUACUACUUAAUUAUUGAUUCAAAGAAGUGACAAUAUUACUACAAAGGGGAUAAAUAUACAUAUAUGAUCAAAUCAAAUCAAUGUGAAAGGGUUAAUCAUAUCAUAUGGGAAAUAAUGUGAAAUGAAUGGUAAUUUAACUUACUUAUAAAUACUUUAUAAGUAGUAAAGUUUGAUAUUAAUUACUUUAUUAUUAUUAUUAUUACCAUUAUUAAUACUAUUAAUGGAUGAGCUUCAACGGCUUUAUGAACAUCAAACAAUGAUGGCAAUUAGAAUAUAUUCAUUUUUAGACAAUUUACUAACACAUUUACCAUCAUCACGUACUAAUAACAAUAAUGAUAAUGAUUUGGAUACAAUCCAUUCGUCGAAUAAUACACAUAAUACUAAUGAUUAUAUGAGUAGUAUAUCAUCAAGACAAGUAAACACAGACCAUCAUCAUCAGCUUUACCAACAGUAUCCAUAUACUACUACUACUACCAAUGUGACGGAUGAGUUAAAUACAUCUGUUGGUGAUAUACUUCCUAGAAGAUAUGAAAAUACACAAACAUUAUCAUCUUCAUCAUUAACAUCAGAUUCAUCAACAUGGUUAUUAAAUGAUAUGAAUUUAACAACAAUAUACAAUCCACAAUUUCAUUCAUCUACAAUGUAUGAUACGAAUAAUAAUGAUACAAUAUAUACUACUGAUACAACAUAUACUACUAGUAGUAAUAAUGAUAAUAAUUAUACUGAUUCAAUAUCAAAAGAGAUUGAACCUGGAGGUUAUUGUGAAGAAAUAUUUAUUUAUUUAUCAAAUAGCGAAAAACAAGAAUAUCUGUGUACAAUAUGUUACUUGAUACUUAAAGAAGCUUAUCAGUGUCAAAAUCAGCAUAAAUUUUGUUAUGGUUGUAUAUACACUUGGUCUACUGGACCAACAACUGGUCAUGAUAGCUGUCCAGUAUGCAGAUGUGAUGGUUUGUAUGCAAAAAAUUUUGAUUUAAAUGAAAGAAUCAAUAAAAAACGUAUACGAUGUCCAACGGAUGGUUGUAAUUGGAUGGGUUCAUUAAGUGUAUAUCAACAACAUGAACAUCGACGUUAUACUCCAUAUGAAUUAGAUUUAUUAUUAAUAGAUUGUAAAAAAGAUCAAAUGAAAUCAUCAUCUUUACUUCCAAUAACAACACCAAAUCAAAUAGUACAUAAUAAAGAAAUACCUAUCAAAUUCAAUGAUAUACCACAAAGAAAUGAAUCAUUACAAGUCAAUAAUAAUAAUAGCUCACUUCUUCACAAUAAUCUUGGACAAGUACCUACUAUAUGUGAACCAAUUAGUCAAUCAACUGAUCAAUUAUCUGAGACUUCAACCCAAAGAUUGUUAACAACAACAACAACAACGUCACAAAGGCAUAUACGGCCAUUAAGAAAUGGGAACAGGCAUAGACACAGUAGAAUUCAAAAUCGAUCCAUUUUAAAUACAAGUGAGAGUCUAAAUCAAUUGGAAAAUAAUAAUAAUAAUAAUAAUAAUAAUAAUAAUAACAUGGAAGAAACAAGAAUAAAUAAUUCACAUGGAACUACUAUUAAUCAUACACGUAUACAUGAAUCGCAAGGAGAACAACACCAACAAAGAAUUUUAAAUACACCAGUUCAUUAUAGACGAACAAGAUCACAUUUAACAUCAAAUACACAUACAAAUGGAACAACAAAUAAUGAUGGACAUAGACAACGAAUUAAUGUAAGAGAUUCUAGAGUACGUGUUGAAAGAUUACCUAAUUUAAGAAGACAACAACAGAUAAGAGAUGAACAAGUACAACAAUCAAUAACUCAUAGAUCCUCUCCAGUAUACCACAAUGAAUUAAAUUCGACUGAAAUAAACAGUUUACUAAAUGUGAAUUCCAAUGAUAUUCACAAUCAAGGUGUAGAAGAGAAUUUCAUGGGAGAUCAUACUGAGUUAAAUGUAACGGACCAACAUUCAGAUAAUCAAAUUAAUCUUCCAGCUAUCAGAUUUAAUGAGACACUCACUUGUAAUUUAAAUACACAGCCGCUACUUAAUAAUAGUAAUGAUAGUAAUACUCAGACACUUUUAAUAAAUAAUUCAGUACAACGAACAAAUCGACCACUUGAGUUUCGACGUCUAGUACCUCAAAGACAAAGAAGAGUAGUUGAACAAUUAAGAGAAACACGUGAACAAUUAGCUGCAAUGCUUCGUCUUAUGACAAUGGAAUUAGAAGAAAGACAAAAUCGUGUUUUAAUUCCAAAUUUAGACACUGGUACAAGAAAUCGACUGUUAAGAAAUCCAAAUAAUUUAUUUUGUGAAAAUACGGAAAGUGGUAUACCUGCACCAUAUGUGAAUAAUACAGUAAAUCGUGAGUUAACCGAAGGUAACAAUCAGCAUACUUCAAGCAUUCCAAGAAAUAUUCACAGAACAAAUGUAUAUGAUAAUGAUAUCCAAGAGAAUUAUUACACAUCUCAGUCAAUUAACUCAAACAUUCCUAAUUCAGUUAAUAGUAACAAUACUAGAGACUUACCGCGAACACUUCUUACACCGACCUACAGGGAGCAAACUAUUACUAAUCCUUUCACUCAUUACAAUUCACAUAAUAAUAAUAAUCAGUACAACAUAUCUGUAACAUCAACAACUAGUACUACGCAAUCAUCUUCAUCCCCAUUAAUUUCAACAACACGUUUAUUAGCAAGAUUACGUUUGAAUGCAUUACAGCAAACAACCCCAACAGUUUUUUUUACGUCGAACAAUAAUAAUAAUUCAUCUAAUAGACAGGAAAUGUUAUCAUCAUCACUAACAACUACAAUAUCACCUUUCGUGACAGGUGAUAGUAGUAACGAUGAUAAUGAACACAAUCACAAUGUCAGUGAUGAUGAAACAGACUGA